AUGAGAACCUGCACAAAGAAGCCAUCAUCAAGAGGCCACCAUCGCUAUGUAGGCGUUCGCCAGAGGCCCUCCGGCAGAUGGGUCUCUGAGAUCAAGGACUCCCUGCACAAGGUCAGGCUAUGGCUUGGGACUUUCGACACCGCCGAGGACGCAGCUCGGGCUUACGACGAUGCCGCACGAGCUCUCCGUGGCUCCAAUGCUCGCACCAACUUCGCCUACUUCCCUCCAACCUCUUCUGAGUCAAGCGAUGCUAGCCAGCCCAUGGAGCCACCCUUUUCAUUCGAGGAGGGUUGCAUGGAAGAAGACGACGGUCUCCUCGGGGCCCUAAGGGCGAAGCUGUUCGACGGCAAGGGGCGGCGGGUGCUGCAGGCUGUGGCUCAAACAUCUUGCAGCUUUGAAGACGUAUAUUGUAGUUUAAAUGGUAUUGUUUGUGGAGGAACCAAUAAUUUAGAAGAACAAGAAUAAUGG